UAUAGGCCGUGUUUGCUCAUAUUUCUUAUCUGGUUUUGAAGUUUGCAAGGAAUAGGUAGUUGCAUUACAAUCUAAAUAUCUACAUAGUUUUUACUACCCUGGAUCGCAAGGAAGAUAAGUAUUGUCAGGCAGUUAUUUCAUUCAUUUUCUCUUAACUUGAGGGAAGUUAAGUCGUUGCGUUUCCAGUGUAGGUAAAUCAUGGUCUAAGCAAUUUUGUUAAGUAGCUUACUUUUCUGCGCAUAAACGGUCACCUCGUUAAAAAUGCACAACGCUUUUUGUUAAGUACACGAAGGAAUGCGCGUCCCGUCGUCAUUCACGCUGGAUCCACAUUGAUAAGGUCUGAGGUAGGCUACAAUAUUUUCAAUCAGAGGAGGAGAACGACGGGCAAAAAGUUUGGAAAAGUUUCAGUGGAGUUGCGGCGACAGACUGCGAAGGGUUAGCGACGCAGCCAUGGGCAACGGGGUUUGCUCUCGAAGACAGAGAAAGAUCUUUCAGUCUCUCUUAGCCAUCACUGUAAUCUUCGGAAUGAUUUACGGAGGUAUGGUCUCGUAUGAAAUGCACAAACAGCUGAAAAGGACCGAGGCAUUAGCGCUCAAGUACCAGCAGCAUCAAGAGUCUCUCUCGGCACAGCUUCAAGUUGUGUACGAACACCGCUCUCGACUGGAGAAGUCCCUCCAGAAGGAACGCGUGGACCACAAGAAAUCAAAAGAAGAUUACUUGGUGUACAAGCUGGAGGCCCAGCAGUCUCUGAACAAGGAGAAGCAAGAUUCCAGCAACAGAUACAACUCGCUGCAUGUCCAGCAUCAGAUGCUGAAGAAUCAGCAUGACGACCUGAAGAAGCAGUUCUUUGACCUGCAGGAGCAGCACCAUGUCCAGGGGGAGGACCACAGCAAAGUCCUGGACGAGCACAAGCAGCGCUAUGACCAGCUGCAGCAGACCAAGGAGAUCGAGCUUUCCAACCUGAAAGAGAGCGUAUAUAACCUGCGGGAGGAGAACCGCCAGCUGAGGAAGGCCCACCAGGAGAUCCACGUCCAGCUGCAGGAUGCGCGGCAACAGCACAAGGACUUAAGGUCGUCACACGACAAGCUUACAAUGGUGCUUGAGGACCACAAGAGUGCCCUGGCGGUUGCCCAGGCCCAGGUGGACGAGUACAAGCAGCUGAAGGAGACUCUAAAUAAGAUGCCCAGCCUGCAGCAGGCGCACGGUCCAGCUGCCCCGGCUCCUGCUGGCCAGAACCAGAAGCCCCCCCACGAGGAGGAGCCAGCCGAGGACACCCAGUCUAAGGAGGAGGAGCAGGCGGUGGCGCGGGUGGCGCGGGCGAAGUCGGCGUACGAGCAGCAGCAGGAGCAGCAGCGCGUGGCGGUGCAGCAGGCGGAGGAGCGGCGGCGGCUGCAGCUACGUCAGCAGGCCCUGGAGCAGCACCAGCAGCAGCUGCAGAGAGAGCGGCAGGAGCGCCUGCGCCUGCAGAGGGAGCGCGAGGAGCAGCUGCACCGCCAGGCUGACCAGCACGAGGAGCGCCUCCGCCAGGAGCAGCUCAGGCAAAAAGCCCACUAUGAGAAUCUGGAUGCAGACAUAGUCCAGGGGGAGGACGAAGGGAAGGUCGAGGAAGAUGAAGAGAGGAACGUCCACGAGGAGGAGGGCAAGCAGGAGGAAGGCCAGGAGAGGCAUCAGGAGGAGGAGGAGGAGGAGGAGAGGCCAGUGGAGACAGAUGUGGACCCUGAGGACGAUCCCAACAACCAGGGGGAGGACGAGUUUGAGGAGGCUGAGCAGCAGCAGCAGAAGGAGGCGGCGGCCGCUGCCGCCGCUGCCGGACACCCCCAACCUCUGGCCCCCAACAGCCAGCACCAUAACCCCGCUGACGAGCAGCUUGUGGUGGCAGGCAACCCAGACCAGCAGGAGGACACCAUAGAUGACCAGUACCAGGAGGAAGGCGAUGAUGAGGUCCAGGAAGACGUGGCUGUUGAUCACAAGGAAGAGGUUGGGGAGGAGGAGGAGGAAGACCCGUACAAUGAGAACGCUGAGCAGGAUCAAGAAGCAAAAGAUCAGGAGGGAGCAGCAAAGGUGGACGCCGAUCCAAAUAAAGAUCGGGCGGCCAACGAAGAGGAGAACUAUGAGGAGGAGGAAGAUGAGGAAGAGGGCGGUGGAAAAAACAAACGGACCAAUCGCAGAGCAGAGAUGUGAGAGGACGAGUUACCCGCCAGCCUGCCAUUCCCAGCAGAGGGGCCAUAAUGAACCUCUUCAUGCUUUAGUCCUGAAUGAAUGCGAUGUGGAGCACAGAGCAUGGAAUUCCAGCCGGAAUAAUGAGAUCCGCUGGGAACGGAUCCGUAUUGCCCUUCACAUGGGAUCGGAACUCCUCUGUGUCGCCAUGGAGAUGGACAAGCCACCCACUCACAGUGAAAAAAGUAGUUUAAAUAUUUUGGUCAGAUUGUCUGAUAUGCCUUUAUAUCUCAGCAUUGAAACACUGUUUAAAGUCCAUAACAAGGGGUCAGCCAACUCCGAAGAAUGGUCAAACACGUCACAGAAUGUUGUCACUGGGAUUCCUGUGUCAGACAGGUUGUUACUGUUUCAAGUUCCAUUGUAGUUAUUUAAUUUUAAUCUUUACAUGCACAGCCAGUGUGUUAUUUUAAAUAUUUGUAGACAUUUUGUAAAUUGUUUUUUUUGUAAAUGUGCCAUGGAAAACCCAUUCUGACCUCUAAGGAAUGACAUUGUCUAGAUUUAAAGUCACGCAUGCUAGGGGCCUGGUAGUGUCAGGCUAGAGCUUAAAAAGUUAGGAUCUCCUCACACAUGGUAACACCAAAAUAUUCUGCUGAGGUCUGCAUUUGAUAUGAGACCUUCAAGCGCUUGUGCCUUUGCCUAGUUCUGAGUCGGGCCCUGUCUCACAUGGAACUCUGGGCUGCCUGCCCUUGAGCAUGUGAUUCAACCCUCAAAUUGAACUUUGCUGUUGAAAACUUUGUUCGAACUGAAUGUGUUAGAGAAUGCUGUCUAUCUUGCAGGGCUGGAGUACAUUUAGACAUAGGAGAAAUGAGGUGAUUAAUUCACUUGAAAUCAGGCUUGUAUGUUAUUGAGACCUGAUGAAUGUAACACAUAACAAUGUUUCUUUUAGUGUUUGUAUGCUUUCCUGUGUCUGAUGGCAUUGGAGGGUGAAAUAUGUUGCAGUAUGCAUUUUCCAAUCGUAUCCGUUGAUCUUAAUGUGUAGAUAAUAUAAAAAGCACCAUGACUUCAUUUUGCAUUUACUUUUUAUUCUAAAAAAAAUGUGAUAUUUGUAUUUAUUUGUCUGAUUAGUUGUUCUGGUUGCUUGGUUACUUCCCCCUAUAAAGACAAGGCACGCUUGCACUGAACCCAACAGAGAUUUGCUGGUUUAGCCCCCCUUCCACCCUCUGUGUCCCACUGUGUCAUGUCCUCUCAGCUAAGGUGACCGUUUGCUAAUGCAUAAGCACAAACGUUACUUGCUAGAGUCAUUCAAAAAUAAAUGCCAGUGGGUGGAUGUGUCAAAAAGAUUCAAUUUGUAAUUUGGUACUUUUAUUAUAAUAUAAAUAUUGAUUGUCUUUGUGAAAUACUGACUUGUAUUCCUAUAUAUAUUAGGAUAUAUAGGAUAUUAGAAUAUUAGGACAUCCCACUGCUCAGCUGCCAUAUAUUUUACAGUCAAGUACAUUUGAAAGCGAGUGUGUGUUUAUAAUUUAAUCUUUGUCAUUGUAAGGCCCCUCACCUUGUUCUGUUAGAGUAAAACAAUGUUACUGAAGCUAUUCAACAAUCAUAAAUGUGUUUGCUGCAAAACACAGAUUUUAUACAUUGAUUUUUGUACAGAGUUUUCUUACAGAUGGAAAGACCAGAGACUUUCAGGUGGUAUGUGGUUGCAUUUAAAUGUGUCUUCAUAUAGAAGGUUUCACAUUUUGUUAAUAAAAAUGGUGAAGGAAUUGA